AUGGCUGCUUCUUCUUCUUCUUCUCCCAGUUCUUCCUGGACUUACCAUGUGUACUUGAGUUAUAGAAUCGAAGACACUCAUCGCGGUUUCACUAGUCAUCUUUAUAACGCUCUGAAACAGAGAGGAAUCCAUUCUUUCACGAAAGGUGUAGCCGUUGAGAAGGGAGAUGAUAUCUCUGCUAAAUCAUUUUUCCAGGCAAUUGAAGCAUCACAAAUUGUGUUAGUAAUUUUGUCUCGAAAUUAUGCUUCUUCCCGAUAUUGUCUGAAUGAACUGGUAAAGAUAAUGGAGUGUCGAAGAAGGCUAGCCCAGCUGGUUAUGCCCAUAUUCUAUAAAGUAGAUUCGUCUGAUGUUCGUCAUCUGCAAGGCACAUAUGGCGAAGCAAUGAAACGACACGAGCUAAGGUUGGAAUCGGGGAAUGACAAGGCGUUGCGGUGGAGCGAGGCACUCCGGGAAAUUGCUAACGUUACCGGCUUUCAUUUAACAACAGAUCGGUAA